AUGCUGGACAAUCUGAUUGAAUAUGCCUAUGAAAAGCAGCUAAGCACCUACCAAUAUAAGAAGACAGUCCUGUUGGAAGAAGCUGGCAAGGAGAUGCUCCCCAGUUAUUACAAGAACAUGAGGAUAGGCUUCAAGAUAUCCCAGGACGUCAUUGAGGGCACUUUCACUGACAAGAUAUACCCCUUCAAUGGUAAGGGCUCGAUCUGGGACAUAUUCUAUUUCCAUGACCAAGAUGAAGAUGCAGGGGACAAAUGCCAUCUGUCAAGUAGCCUCCACUAUACCUACAAAUACAUAUUUUGGAGACAUGCCAAAGACAUGCCAAAGACAUGCAAAGGAUGCCAAGACAUCCCUUGUUUGAGGGAUGUCCAAAUUCGCCACAUCUUCAUGGGUAAGUGCCAGUCUCUGAGCAAGGGCAUGCACUUCAAUGUGCUCAAGGUCACCAAUGAGGCUUGCACCAAGAAGCAGUGCCAGGAGUUUUGA